AUGGAGACUAAGGUUCGAAUAUGUUCGAAAACAGGAAGACGCCUGGCUACAAAGUCAAGUAACCCCCGAGAGUCAAUGACAAGCACUAUGGCCCGUUUACAUGUUCUUUUGCGUUCACCAUACUUUUCAAGCUGGCCCUUGCAAGUGCGGUUUUUCAAUACAGAUAUUCAUCGUGUCUGGCGAGGCUGGGCCGAGAGUGCUAGUACAUUUGUUCCGGAACAUAUCAGCUUUGAGACUGAUUUUGAUGAUGGAGCCUUAUCUGGGGAGGGUCUGCCACUUCAAAAUACCCUUCGGAAACUCGAUGUUUCGGGGAAGAACUUGAGGUCGUACCGAGAGAAGACUCAGUUCCUGCUGGAUGCUGGAGAUAAACUUGAUUGUGGUGUCUGCCGAAGCCGUCUGCGGCUGAACGAUGAUUUCGUCGUAGUCUGCUCCUCUGAAAUGUGUCGGUGCACCUCACACCUUUUGUGCCUCUCUUCUAGAUUUAUGCAUUCUGAGGAUUCUAGCAAUGACCUUGUUCCAAUGAGUGGAAGGUGUCCAGGCUGUGAAUCAAUCAUUGAAUGGCAUAUCCUGAUGAGAGAAAUGACACUCCGGAUUCGCAGCCACAGGAGAGGGACAUUCGACAAUGAUGAUUCACUGGAAGAGGAGGAUGAAGCAGGGGUCGAACUAUCCGAAGACGCCAGGAUUCAAAGUCCUAUCGACCUUCUGAGUAGUGAAGAUGACGACUUUGGACCUUCAACAUCAACAUAUGACUUAAAUGUCGAUUACCGGCGGCAACACCAACCAAUAUCAAACACGCCCGGGAAAGGGAAAAUUGACGACUGGGAUGAUGUAGAUAUAGUAGAAUGA